CCUGCGCUGUGGCUGCUGCCUGCGCCAUCCAAAGGGAAGAGGAGACCUGAGCCGCUUGGUUGAGUGGGUAGUCCCCAAGCCUUCCCGCGUACUCUUGGCCGCCGUCGGGCCACGUCCGGGAGCUGCCACCUGCAGCCAGGCCGCCAAGUCAUGCCAGCCGCGCCCAUCCUGCGCCCGCCGCCGCCACCCUCGACCCCCGCCCCGCCGGCACCCAGCCGCCCUGCGCCUCCCAUCCCGGGCCACCGAGGCCCGUGUGAUCAUUCUCUGAAAUGCAUAAGCUCAAAGAUCUCCGAGAGAAAGCUGCCAGGCUCCUGGCUGCCUGCGGGACGAGGCCCUCUGGAGAAACCAGUCCUGGGGCCACGUGGUGUGGUCAUGCCCAUGUUUAGCCCUCAGAGUGGCCUUCAUGCGGUCCGUGCUGAGCACAGCCCACUGAAGCCCAGGGUGGUGACGGUGGUGAAGCUGGGUGGGCAGCCCCUGCGCAAGGCCACCCUGCUCCUCAAUAGGCGCUCAGUGCAGACGUUUGAGCAACUCCUGGCGGACAUCUCGGAAGCCUUGGGCUUCGCGCGCUGUAAGAAUGACCGCGUGCGGAAGCUGUUCACCCUCAAGGGCAGGGAGGUCAAGAGUGUGUCAGACUUCUUCAGGGAGGGUGACGCUUUCAUUGCUAUGGGCAAAGAGCCACUGACACUGAAGAGCAUCCAGUUGGCUAUGGAGGAGCUAUAUCCUAAGAACCGGGCCCUUGCCCUGACGCCACACAGCAGAGUCCCCUCCCCAAGAAUGAGAUGCAGACUUCCCAGCAAGCUUCUGAAAGGAGGUCACCGCUGUGGGGAGGUGGGAAGCUGUAGUGAGGUAACGGGGAGCAGGGCAGUCACUAGGCAUCAGGGCAAGACUCCCACGGAGCUGGUCCUGGAAGACAAGGGGAGGGCGGCGCAGAAGAAGUGGGCACGAGGGCAACAGGAGCCGGAACCUGGUAGCCUGCCAUCACCCAGGGAAGCGGCUCAGGAAGAGACUCACGCGAGUGGAGAGAUGCACCUGGGGGUGGAGACCGAAAAGACCUCCGGGGAGAUCGUCAGAUGUGAGAAGUGCAAGCGAGAAAGAGAGCUGCAGCUGGGCCUGCAGAGGGAGCGGUGCCCCCUGGGGAUCAGUGAGCUGGACCUGGGGAGGGGUCAGAAGUGGGAUUCAGAGAAGCUGGUGAGCCGGAGGAGGGCUUCUGAGGCCAAGUCUACAGACGGAGAGGAAGGGUGGAAGGGUGACAGCCAUCGGAGCAGCCCGAGGAAUCCCCCUCAGGAACUGAGGAGACCCAGCAACAACUCAGACAAGAAGGAGAACCGAGGCUCCGACGGGCAGGAGAAUCACCCUCAGGGAGCAGGCAAGGCCCACAAGGACAUCGGGGAAGGCCCACCAGCUGUAGAGGAGGGGCCCAUGGAUGCGAGGAAAGACACCAGGCACCCGUGCAGGAAUAAGCAUGCUGCCUGGCUCCUGAGAGAGCGCCAGGCUGAACCCCAACAACUCCCCAGGACCCGAGGCGAAGAGAAGGAAGCAGAGGAGAAGAAGCCAGGUGGGCUAGGAGGGAGGAGGAUGGCGCUAGAAAAGGAGCCUAAGACGAAGCCGGAAGAGACCAACAGGUCAGAACGGCCCAGCGGCCGGAAGCUGCGGCCCGUGGGCAUCAUCUCAGCUGACGUAGAGAAGCACUAUGACAUAGGCCGGGUCAUUGGGGACGGCAACUUUGCCAUUGUGAAGGAGUGCAAGCACCGAGGUUCCAAGCAGGCUUACGCCAUGAAGAUAAUUGACAAGUCCAAGCUGAAGGGGAAGGAGGACAUAGUUGACAGUGAGAUCUUAAUUAUCCAGAGUCUCUCUCACCCCAACAUAGUGAAACUGCAUGAGGUCUAUGAAACGGAAGUGGAGAUCUACCUGAUCAUGGAGUAUGUGCAGGGAGGGGACCUUUUCGAUGCCAUCAUCGAAAGCGUAAAGUUCCCAGAGGCCGAAGCGGCAGUCAUGAUCACAGACUUGUGUAAAGCCCUCGUGCACAUGCAUGACAAGAAGAUCGUCCACCGGGACCUGAAGCCGGAAAACCUGCUGGUUCAGCGAAAUGAAGACAAGUCUACCACCUUGAAGCUGGCUGAUUUUGGACUGGCUAAACAUGUGGUGAGGCCAAUAUUUACUGUGUGUGGAACGCCCACAUACGUAGCUCCUGAAAUUCUUUCUGAGAAAGGCUAUGGCCUGGAGGUGGACAUGUGGGCUGCAGGCGUGAUCCUCUACAUCCUCUUGUGUGGCUUCCCCCCUUUCCGAAGUCCUGAGAGGGACCAGGACGAGCUCUUCAGCAUCAUCCAACAGGGCCAGUUUGAGUUCCUUGCUCCUUACUGGGACAACAUCUCUGAUGCUGCCAAAGAUCUGGUGAGACAUUUGCUGGUGGUGGACCCCAAGAAGCGGUACACAGCCCACCAGGUCCUUCAGCAUCCGUGGAUUGAGGCCGCUAGGCAUCUCAGCACAGUGAACGCAGAGAAGGAGGGGUCCCCCAGCAGCGAGGGUCGCUUCCAGAGCCAGCACAAGAAGCUUGCAGAGCAGGUGUCAUAAUCUUGUCUGGGACAUCUCUCCAGCCUAGUCUCCUUGAGGACAGAGAAGAGGGCGGAGGAAGUCUACAAACAAGACUGUGCAAGAUGCUUCUCCAUAGAACUAGAGGAAGAGAAGAGACACUUGGCAUAUUUUUAAAGAGUAUUUUAAAAAGCAAAGUCCUAAUGUUGAAUGCUGUAUGAUAUUUUUAGAUUUGUAUAUCUGAAAUCUUUACUACUUUUUUUUUGGGUAAGAACUGCCAUGAAUGGGGAAUUUUGAUAAUAAUGAUGAAUUCUGUUCCCUCUUUGUAUUGAAGUUUGUGGUGGGCCACAUGAGUGUGCUUUCCGUUGCUUGAGAUCCCUCACACAAUGAGUGAGGAGAAUCCUGGCUUUUUUAUCUCAAUAAAACACAUGCUGAGUAACAGAGAAAGAACUUCCCCAUUCAAUUGGUGGCGGGAGCUGGGGGAAUCUAGUUCAACACAGCUGUAUUUUAGUCUCUGACAGUUGUGGUAAAAUCUUGUUUUCAUCUCAGAACAGCAAAGAGACCAAUACAUACGGUUCUAUAAACAGAAAUUACAUGGGGGGAAACCCCCAAACACUGGUUUUCUGUUUUUGUUUUUUUGCUUUUUGUUUUGUUUUAUUUUGAUGAGUCUGCAGGCUGACUGAUUGGAACCUCGUGAUGAUGGGGAAUUGAAAUGUACAGAUUGAGAGCCAAAAUUAUCUUGGGUUAUUUUUCCAUCCCCUUAAUAGGUAAGUAUCACCAAACUAUGUAUCUGACCUAACAGAUAAAACUGUUGGAAUGCACCAAUUCAGCUGACCACUAGCUUCUACUAAUCCAAAAUCUAAGAUGUGCCAGCAUCCAAAGCCUAUAGGAGAGACAUCCCUGCUUUACUGUGAACUGGCAACUUGAUCACACCACCAGGAUAUUUGGUAAAUUCAUUGAUUUGCUACUUUGUUUUAUCUGGUGGUAGUGGUGGUGGUGAUGAUGAUGAUGAUGAUAAAAA